UCCUUGACAAAGUACAAGGCACCAGUUGCUGCCAUGCCAGCGGUUGAAGUUUUUCUCUUAUUUCUUCUCACAUCCCAGCCAAAGACAAUGCCCGUCCGCCAUUUCUCAUCUGCCGAAGAACUUCUAACAGCCGGAGGACGGCCAGUUGGGGGGUUUCGCUGCGUCUGAGCCCAACCUCUUCCUUACGCCGCCGAUCGAGUGGACUUACACGCUUGAUCUCUGAGUGUUGCGAGACGAAACUUCCGCAGGACAGCCGUCGUAUAGCCUAGAUAUGUGUAUGCUGCCGCCGCUUAGGGGAAGGCUCGCGACCCUUGUUUCCGUCCGUUUGCAUGAACAAAAAACUUGGCACCUGUUCCCCUCAUUAGGGCACGCGUCGCAUUGUCUGGCCUGUUUACAUUCUUCAGAGAGCCUCGUUGAAUUUCCCUAGAGAGUGCGCAGGUAGCGAGGUUCGCUCAUCAAUUGCAUUGUGUCCAGCUCGCCAUGCGUAUCAAAUUCCGCGUCUAUAUGAUUGCAAGCCCCCUGGGUAGACCGUUUGUUCACGUCACCCCCGCACUAGAAAGGAGGUGCCCCUGCUUCAGAACACCUUCGUGGAAGCUCCGGAUUCCUUUCUCGCUCCAAGCUCGCGAUUGGCAGAGACAGGGUGUGAGGCACUUCCAUUGCUCGUCGUAGCUUCUGGAGAAUACAUAUACCGCAGGUUAGAGGGGACCCCGAUAUUGCUUUUUGCAGCUCCGGGGAGAGCUAGUUUGUUUGCGAUCAUCCUGAUCACUCCACUCACCCACUGCCGCUUCUGCUCUCGACAUGACCAAUCAUCACUACUGGUACUCCUUUACCCAUUCCACGAUCUUUGCUUCCUCACCUCCAACCCACCUUCAGGAGGGGAGGGUUGAACAGCGUGAUCCUAAUUACAAUCGAUCCCUCCCCGCCAACUAU